AUGGAGCGUUGCGCUUGGCCUAAGAACCUCUCCUCCAGCCGCAAGCGCGAGAUCCAGGAGCUCUGUGGCCACAAUCCCAAGAAGCUUAAAGAUGUCUUCGACGCUCACUCUCAAACUGGCGAUAACCCACAGCAGCCCUUGUUUGCGGACGAUCUGAUCGUCAGCGUUCUCAGGUCGUUCAGCAACACCCAAUCCCUAUCGAGUGCGGCUGAGUCCUAUGAGGUCUUGCAGGCCCCUAGCAACGCCUUUGUCAGUUCCGAGGUCUCCAUGGGAAGUGAGAGCAUCAGGUCUCCGGUAUUCAUCUGCUCGAAGGAGUCCCUAAUGGAGGCUGCGACGGUGAUAUACGAGGGCAGAGCAGACGUGGCUUCGGAGAUCCUGAGGCGCUUGUCUGCGAUGCCGAAUUUCAUGGGUAAUUCAGAGCAGAAAUUGAUGGGAUACAUGUUGUCUGCGCUUAAAUCGCGCGUGAGCCCCGUUGAUUACCCCCCUCCCGUGGCGGAGUUGUUGGCCGAGGAACAUUUGUUAUCGGUUUGGUCACUUUACGAUAUGUCUCCUUGUUUCAAGCUCGGUUUCAUGGCUGCCAAUAACGCGAUUUUGGAAGCUGCAUCGGAGCAACCCUCCACUAACAAGCUCCAUGUGAUUGAUUUCGAUAUUGGUUGGGAAGGACAGUACCGCAAUCUCCUCAUUCUCUUUUACGUGCAGUCCAUCCCUCAGGCGGGCAGUCAAUCCACCCUUAAGAUCACGACGCUCCCAGAUAGCUUCAACAGUGAGGAGAGGCUCAAGAUGAUUGGGGAUCGACUGACUGAACUCGCGGCCCAGAUGAAUGUUAGGUUAGUAUUCAACAUCGUGAGGCAGAAGCUGAGCGAGUUGAGCCGUGACUCACUGGGCUGCGAGCCCGACGAGGUGCUGGCAGUGAACUUGGCGUUCAAGCUGUACAGAGUGCCGGACAAGAGCGUGUCCACGGAGAACCCGCGCGACGAGCUCCUCUGGCGUGUGAAGCGUCUGGCGCCGCGGGUGGUGACGCUGGUGGAGCAGGAGAUGAACGGGAAUACGGCGCCGUUCACGAUGCGCGUGGGAGAGGCGCUGGCGUACUACGGGGCGCUGCUCGAGUCGAUCGAGUCUACAGCGCUGUGGGGCAAAUCGGAGCAAGUGAGGGCAGAGGAGGGCCUGAGUCGGAAAUUGGGGAACUUGGUUGCUUGCGAAGGUAGGGACCGAGUUGAAAGAUGCGAGGUGUUCGGGAAGUGGAGGGCCCGCAUGGGGAUGGCUGGGUUCGAGUUGAAGCCACUGGGUCCACACGUGGCCGAGUCGAUGAAGGCGUGGCUCCACUGUUGGCCCCGGACUCGGGACCCGAGAUUCACGGUGAAAGAAGAGAAUGGUGGGUGUUCCUUCGGCUGGCGCGGCCGAACUCUCACCGUCGCAUCUUCUUGGUGUUAA